AUGAUCCAGACAGCCACCAAUACCUUCUAUAACAGAGAACAGGAGAAGGAGGCCAAGGCCCAGGAGAGGGAGGGAAGGAAAGAGACGAGGCAUGCCCAGAUGCUGGCCGCCCUCCAGGGAAGCCCUAUGGCACACCGCGAGCCCUUGAAGGACAAGGCACGGGGCAAAUGCCUGAUCUGUAGACAGGCGGGGCAUUGGGCCAAAGAGUGUCCUAACCGUGACAAGUCUCCUAGAACAGCUGGCCACAAAUGCCAUCAACUGGGACAUUGGGCGGCACUCUGCCCUCGGGACCCAAAAGCCUCAAGGUCAAGUGCCAAGCCUUCCCUCACGAUGGUUUGGGAGGACUGA